AUGCCUCCGCGCGCGAUCCCGGCAACUCCGAGGGUGAUUUCACCGUCGCCCACCCCAUCCGAGACGUCACAGGAUGGAUAUUCUGGUCCGAUGACACGCGCAUCCGCGAGAAAGCGCGUAAAUACACCUCAGGCUAUUCAUGAAGAUCUCGAUGACGAGUCAUCAGACUCCAGCACCGAUGCGACUGGCAGAAGGCCGAGGCCGAAGAGCAGAAGCCCGGUCAGGGUUCGCAAGACCAGUGGAAUCUCCAAUGCCCAGCCCAACGGGGCGCCAGAAAUACAAGAUGAGGCAUUAUUAAGUCCAGCAAAGCUGUCACCGUCGACGGCCUGGAGUUGGCGCGAGUUCAGUCGCAGCCCGAGCCCUCUCGGCUUGAUUCCGAUCCAUAAACAAUUCCGCGCCUUUAUUCACAGGCACGAAGUACCCAGGAAAGCACUGCAUGUGUCGAUAGGAUUCUUCACAUUAUGGGCAUACGUCUCUGGAAAGCAAACCAGCGCCAUCCCACCUUAUCUGAUGGCUGCACUUGUACCUAUCGCCGCGACGGAUUAUUUAAGGUUUAGGUUCCCAUACCUGAAUCGAAUAUAUGUAAGGGCACUCGGUGCUCUCAUGCGCGAGACGGAGUACAACUCAUGGAACGGCGUCAUAUGGUAUUUACUCGGUACAUGGACCGUGCUCUACUUCCUUCCUAAAGACGUCAGUGUUGUUGCAGUACUCCUCCUCAGCUGGUGUGAUACAGCUGCAAGCACUUUCGGGCGGGCCUGGGGCAGAUUCACUCCACGGAUCAGGAAAGGGAAAUCCCUUGCUGGCACUGCCGCUGCAUUUAUUGUCGGUGUUGUGACUGCUGUGGGUUUCUGGGGAUGGUUGGCCCCACGAACUGGACCGUUCCCUGGUGAUGACGAAUGGCCAUUUAUGUUCACGGGUGUACUGAGACUCCCUGGCGCCAUCCAGAAUGGUCUGAGCCUCACUGACUCUCAGAGCUCAAUUGGAGGAGGAGUUGCACUUGCAGUAAUGAGUGUGUGGACGGGUUUUGUUGCAGCGGCCAGUGAAGCUGUCGAUAUCUUUGGCUGGGAUGACAACCUAACCAUACCAGUUCUGAGUGGUAUCGGCAUCUGGGGCUUCCUCAAGGUCUUUUGUUAG